UCACCCACCACUGUCCCAAGACCCCGUUCCUGUUGGUGGGGACUCAGAUAGAUCUGCGAGACGACCCGUCCACCAUAGAGAAGCUGGCCAAGAACAAGCAGAAGCCCAUCACUCUUGAGACGGCGGAGAAACUGGCCAAAGACCUCAAGGCCGUCAAAUAUGUGGAGUGCUCAGCCCUCACGCAGAAAGGCCUAAAGAAUGUGUUUGAUGAGGCGAUACUGGCUGCGCUGGAGCCUCCCGAGCCCAAGAAGAAACGCAAAUGUGUGCUGCUAUGAAUGACCCCAACCCUCACACACACAUGUACACCCUCCCCCUUCACCCCCCCAUCCCCUCCUCCCUUGCUCUGCUAAGGCUGAUUGACAGCCAUUUACUCUGAAGCGAAGUAUAGAAACAGACAAAAGUUUCAGAUUAGACUCUGCAAUAAGGAGCGAUGAGUUGAUCCAGGCCUGUGUUUAACCAGCGGACCAACGGGAAGAGAGGCACAGAAGAGAACCUAACCCAGCUUGUAACCGUGACUACCGUGGCCACAUUCCCAUUCCAGUUACAACAGUCAGAGCCUUCAGAUGGACAGAGACGGGUGCAUCUCAGUAGGCUCAAGUGGAUUUCUCUCAUUUGUUUCCCUUUCUCUACACUGAUCUCCAAGUAAAUAGUUAACGAAAGGAAUAUGAUGGAUGCCUACUGGGCAUUGGCUUUAAACAUCAUUGAAGAUGAAAGGAGACAGAGAGGCAGUAACUAUAGUCUAUUGAGAUUCAGCCCUGCAUUCAAGGAGAAGCCAAAACAUGCCCCCUUUUACUCUCUAAAGGGUUUGAACCUUCCAGGUGGUUAAAUAACACAGGCUGUCAUACAGGUGACAUAGGCUGUUGUAKGGUUGAAGUAAGCUGUCAAGGUGUCAUAACCGCUCAUUGGUGAAAGGACAGCAGGCUGAUUUAAAGUAUGACAUUUAUACUGUCUUUGACAGCUUUCCCUGUCAGUGGUGUUGAUUUGGCUCUCAGCCACCUAGCUCCUGUGSACUUCUGAUAGACCUAUGCUCCACCUCCAAAUGAAAUGGCUGCCCGAGGGACAGCUUGACACGCUGCUGUAUUAAGCUCCACCCCUCUUGACGAGCACAUCAAGCGCCCAAUCCCGCUGCUCCACCUCCAACACCACCUGAUGAAGCAAAGUAGCCAUUUUUAAUUUGCUUUCUUUGCCAACGUCGCCCCUCCAAGUGACAGAACAGUCUGCCAUUUUAAUGAUCAAUCCCAAAUCAGCCCCAAAUCAGCCCCUGCCACCUGGGCUCUUCAGUAUAUCCAAAUCAGCCCCUGCCACCUGGGCUCUUCAGUAUAUCCAAAUCAGCCCCUGCCACCUGGGCUCUUCAGUAUAUCCAAAUCAGCCCCUGGCCACCUGGGCUCUUCAGUAUAUCCAAUCAGCCCCUACCACCUGGGCUCUUCAGUAUACCCAAAUCAGCCCCUACCACCUGGGCUCUUCAGUAUAUCCAAAUCAGCCCCUACCACCUGGGCUCUUCAGUAUACCCAAAUCAGCCCCUACCACCUGGGCUCUUCAGUAUAUCCAAAUCAAGUAGAUGGGGAAACAUUUUAUGACCAUAUUACUUAUACCGAUCCAAUCCUUUCAUCACUGUACUGUAGGGGAAGAGGUUAGAGUAGACUAGGGACUGGCAUUAUUGAAGAACUAAAGGCAUCCUGUCGCGAUGGGUCUUGAUGCGGGAAUUGGCCUUUUGAAGCAGGGACCUUAAACAGUGUUAGCAGAAGAAGUGGUUGCCAGGCACCAAAGGAGAGUUAGCUGAACAUUGUCUCAACGUUAUGGUAACCAUAGAACUAUUAGUGAAGCUGACUUGUUCUAAGCAACGUUCUGUUGUGUGUACACCGGUGGCAGUAUUUUGUCCCAUUUGGAUUGUUAAUGAAUUGAUGCUUAUAGCAUCAGAAUUCUGUGCCUUUCUCGGUGUUCCAUAUUGUCAUGCUGCAAUGGCAAUGCUAUUGUGCCGCCAUGCUAGGUGUACCUCCUAAAGAAUCUGUGGUAUGAGGGACCGUGUCGGUUCUAUUACUUGUAAUUCUAUGGUGGUAACGUUGUGGUAAUGCCUGUAGGUGAGCCCCUGGUCUCCUCUGCGAUCAUAGGUUAACAGAUUUAAUAAUAAUGUAAGCUGGCACAUGCGUCAAUGUAGGCUCCAGAUGUUUUUACCAAAAUCUGUUUUAUUUUUUUAUUUUAAGAAGAUUACUUCCUAUCCUUUUACAUUUAGGGUCUGGAACUCAGCUGAACUCUGACACACCAGCUACAAACACCAAUGACCUCCAAUGACAGAGAACAUUUCUGUCAAACCUGGAUUGUGAUUGGUUGAUUGACCUUGGUGGCUCCGAGGUUGGGUUGACGUCCAGACCAGUCUUAUUGUUAUUAUAACUGUUGUUUUGGUGCGAAACCAAAUGCUUUGUCUUACGUCUCUGUUCUUUGUAUAUGCAUUCUUUGAAACAAAUAUUAAACUUAUACCUUAAUUGCCUUUA